AUGGAGAACACGACAAUGAUAGCACCGUCAAAUGUUUCGGAUAGUAAAAUGAUUUGUUAUACUCCAUUCAUGACAACAACAAAUGGUGUAUGGCAAGGAGAUAACCCUUUAGAUUUUUCUAUCCCUGUCUUCAUUUUGCAAAUAACCUUAAUUGUUCUUGCCACACGUUUAUUUGUUUGCAUCCUCAGACCCUUUCAUCAACCUCGUGUCAUUGCUGAAAUAUUGGGUGGAUUGUUUUUGGGGCCAUCAGUUCUUGGAAAACAUGAAACUUUUGCGAAUAUUGUAUUUCCUCUAAAAAGUGCACUGGUGUUAGAAACAAUGGCAAAUAUAGGGUUGAUAUACUUUUUGUUCUUGAUUGGAUUAGAAAUGGACAUGUCUAUUGUGAAACGCACGGGGAGAAAGGCGAUGUGCAUUGCGGUUGCUGGUAUGAUAUUGCCGUUUAUUGUUGGUAUUGGAGUAUCCGUUGCUUUGAAUGAUAGAGACGCAAGUGUUAACGAAGUUAGCUAUGUUCUCUAUCUCGGUAUUGUUCUAUCUGUUACUUCGUUUCCUGUUCUCGCUCGAAUGCUUGCCGAGCUCAAACUCAUCAACACCGAGUUAGGAAAGCUUGCCCUUUCAACUUCCCUCAUCAAUGAUAUGUGUGCAUGGGUUUUACUAGCUCUGGCUAUUGCUUUAUCAGAACAGAAUUCAACUACUUUGGCUUCGGUUUGGGUUGUAUUGUCGAAUGUUUUCUUUGUUGGUUUUUGUUUUCUUGUUGUUAGGCCAUCAGUGAUUUGGCUGAUCAAGAAAACCCCCGAAGGUAAACCGUUUAGCGACUUCCAAAUAUGCGUUGUACUCGUUGGUGUUAUGGUCUCGGCUUUCAUUACAGAUGUUAUUGGAAUGCAUUCGAUUUUCGGAGCUUUUGUUUAUGGAUUAGUGAUUCCAAAUGGUCCACUUGGAGCUGCUAUAAUAGAAAAGCUUGAAGACUUUGUUUCCGGGCUUUUAAUACCGCUUUUUUAUGCUAUUAGUGGACUUAAGACUAACAUUACCUUAACACAUGGAGGUCUUUCAUGGGCGUUUAUAUUCACAGUCGUUCCUCUCGCUUGUUUUGGAAAGAUCAUCGGGACUCUUAUCAUUUCAAUCCUUUUCGACAUACCAACUCGUGAUGGCGUUGUUCUUGGUUUACUUAUGAACACCAAAGGUCUUAUUGAAAUGAUUGUGCUAAAUAUUGGAAGGGAACAAAAGGUCUUGGGUGAUGAAAUAUUUUCAGUUAUGAUUAUUGUGACAAUUAUAAUGACAGCAAUAAUUUCACCUGUUGUGACACUAAUUUAUAAGCCAAGGAAAAGGUUCAUACCUUAUAGAAAGAGAACAGUGCAAAGUUCAAGAGUUGAUGCAGAGUUAAGGGUGUUGGUGUGCGUUCAUGCUCCUAGAAAUGUUCCAACAAUAAUCAAUCUUCUAGAAGCAACAUACCCAAACAAAAGGUCUCCAAUAUGGGCUUAUGUGCUCCACUUAGUAGAACUCACCCGUCGAGCAUCGGCGAUGCUUGCUGUCCACGCCACUAGACAAUCAGGAGGUCCGGCACUCAACAAAACGCAAGCGCAAACGGAACACAUUGUCAGCGCAUUUAGAAACUUUGAGGAACAUGUUGGUUAUGUCUCGGUCCAGCCUAUGACGGCGGUUUCUCCUUACCCUACCAUGCAUGAAGACAUAUGCAAUGCCGCGGAGGAAAAAAGGGUUGCCACCAUUAUCAUUCCUUUCCAUAAACAACAAACGGUUGAUGGAGACAUGUUAGAAACAAAUCCAGCAUUGAGAAUGGUGAACCAUAACUUACUACAAACCGCUCCUUGUUCGGUCGGGUUACUUGUCGAUAGAGGCAUUAACGGAUCCAAUCGAUUAACUUCAAAUCAAGCAUCUCAUCAGGUAGCUGUGUUAUUCUUCGGUGGAUCGGAUGAUAGGGAAGCGUUAUCCUAUGGAUGGAGAAUGUCAAGGCAUCCAAGAGUUAAUCUCACUGUAAUGCAUUUCAUUCCAAGAAAAGACGAAACUCAAACUUUAAAGGCAGACGACGAUCAACUAGACGAUCCAAGGAGUUUAAUUUCAAACAAACUAGACGAAGAAUGCAUAAACGAGAUGAAAAUGAUUGUUGCGAGCAACGAUUCAAUGAGUUACAUAGAAAAAGUUGUUAGCAACGGGGAGGAAACAGUUGCAGCGAUAAGAGGAAUGAACAAUGUCAAUGAUCUCUUCAUAGUAGGCCAAGGUCAGGGAAACUCAUCAUCAGCAUUAAUGGAAGGGUUGACGGAUUGGAGUGAGUGUCCCGAGUUAGGAGCCAUCGGAGAUUUGUUAGCUUCUUCCGACUUCGAAACAUCAGCGUCCGUUCUUGUUAUGCAUCAAUAUGUUGGACAAGGACCAGAUGGAGAGGACAUUUUUGUAGGUGAAAGACCAUGGCAAUCAAGUGAUGAGUUUAAUAACUUGAGACAACAACAUAGGGGAAGAUAUACAACAGUGUCAACAGGGACAAAUACUCUAGCACCCCAAUUUUUAUAA